AUGCCUUUUUGUAUAAGCCAGAGUCCCUUCAUCUCGGGCCGGACGAGGUCGUCUCAGAGGAGCAACCCAAACUUGGACGAGCACAGCAGCCGUAAGGAGCCCAGCAGUGAUGUUAACAGCAGUAGUCCACGUUUGUCCCCGCCGCCCAAGCGGACACGCAGACAGACGCCACCAAGUUCUACCGAUACUUCUCCAAGUCCCCAGAGUAAAGGCCAGAGAGGCCCGUGGACCAUGUCCAAACACUGUACUAGGUUGUCCACUGGUGCCUUGCAGAAUGGACACAGUCGAAUGAGUCUGAGGGGUGAUUCUACAUCAGAUGGGAACCACGGUCGCAUGAACGGUCAUGUUGAGCUCAAGAGAAGCCGUCGCGUCAGGAAGUCCCAGUUCGAACACCUCAAUCAGAGUUUACUUUUCGACCAACUUGUCAACAGAGUAAAGAAACAUGCCAUUCACAGUAGUGAAUCAACAUCAUCGUCUGAUGAAGAGCGCUUUGAGAGGCGGAAAAGCAAAAGCAUGAGCCGAGCUCGUAACAGGUGUCUACCCAUGAACCUGCGGGCAGAGGAUCUGGCCAGCGGUGUGCUUCGAGACAGAGUAAAAGUGGGUGCUAGUUUGGCAGAUGUGGAUCCCAUGAAUCUGGACACUUCUGUGAAGUUUGACAGUGUUGGAGGUCUCUCCCAUCACAUUCAGUCUUUAAAAGAGAUGGUAGUCUUUCCUUUAUUAUAUCCAGAAGUGUUUGAGAAGUUUAAGAUCCAACCCCCAAGAGGAUGUCUGUUUUAUGGGCCUCCAGGAACUGGGAAGACACUGGUGGCGCGAGCUUUGGCCAAUGAAUGCAGUCAGGGUGACAGGAAGGUGUCUUUUUUCAUGCGCAAGGGCGCCGACUGCCUCAGCAAAUGGGUGGGAGAGUCUGAACGACAGCUCCGCCUACUUUUUGACCAGGCAUACCUCAUGAGACCCUCCAUCAUCUUUUUCGAUGAGAUUGAUGGCCUCGCUCCUGUUCGCUCCAGCAGGCAGGAUCAAAUUCACAGCUCCAUAGUGUCUACAUUACUGGCAUUGAUGGAUGGUUUGGACAGCCGGGGGGAGAUAGUGGUCAUCGGUGCUACAAAUAGACUCGACUCUAUCGACCCCGCACUCAGGAGGCCCGGGCGCUUUGACCGGGAGUUUCUGUUCAACCUGCCAGAUAAAAAGGCUCGAAAGCACAUUCUAGAAAUCCACACCAGGGACUGGAGCCCCAAGCUAGCUGAACCCUUCAUAGAUGAGCUAGCUGAGAAAUGUGUCGGUUACUGUGGGGCCGACAUCAAAGCACUUUGCACAGAGGCUGCGCUAGCGGCUCUGCGGCGGCGCUAUCCUCAGAUUUACGGCAGCAGCCAGCGUUAUCAGCUGGACGUGGGCUCCAUCGUUUUGGGGCCGCAGGACUUUGGUCGUGCUCUGCGCUCCAUAAUACCUGCGGGUCAAAGGGCCCUGACUCCACCCGGCCAGGCCCUUUCCUGCGUGUUGAAGCCCCUGCUGGAGCCCACACUGGCCCAAACGCUGGCCUGCCUGAUGCGAGUCUUCCCCCACGCAGACCUCCUGCACAGGGAACACAUACACGACACUGACAAUCAUCUGUUGGUGGAGGACUCGUACAGCGAGGACGAGGAAUGUCUUGGUGCUCCUUCCAUUUACGAAACUCAUUCAGGAUCGCUGAAGGAAGCAGCUUCCUGCACGACCCAUAAACCCUUUCUCCACUUUACCACUUCUGCCUACCGGCAGCCCACCUCUUACCGGCCACGGUUGCUGCUGACGGGACCCCAGGGCGCGGGGCAGAGCACGCACCUGGCCCCUGCUGUGCUGCACCACCUGGAGAAGUUCACCGUGCACCGUCUCGACCUACCCACGCUAUACUCAGUCAGUGCCAAAACCCCAGAGGAGUCCUGUGCUCAGGUGUUUCGUGAGGCUCGGCGCUGUGUACCCAGCAUCAUCUACAUGCCUCACAUCAGUGACUGGUGGGAAGCCAUCAGUGAGACGGUCAAGAGCAGCUUCCUCACACUCCUGCAGGAUGUACCCUCAUUCACACCGCUCCUCAUCCUCGCCACAGCAGAGACCGUCUACCAACAGCUCCCAGACGAGCUAACAUGCAUCUUCAGCCGUUCUUACGGGGAGGUGGUUUGUUUAAGCAUGCCGGGAGAAGAAGCACGCAGGAAGUUUUUUUCAGACCUCAUUCUGGUGCAGGCAGCCAAGGCACCACCCCGCAGGAGGAAAACCGUGAGCGCUCUGGAGGUGCUGACCCUCGCUGAAGACCCCGGCCCUCGGCAGCUCUCGCCAGAGGAGCUGCGGCGACUGGAGGAGCAGGAGGAGAACACCUUGCGCGAGCUCCGCCUCUUUCUCAGGGACAUCACAAAGCGGCUCGCCACCGACAAGCGCUUCCAGAUCUUCAGCAAACCUGUGGACAUUGAGGAGGUUUCAGACUACCUCGAGGUUAUCAAACAGCCUAUGGACCUGUCCACCAUCAUGAUGAAGAUCGACUCUCACAAAUACAUGGUCGCCAAGGAUUUUCUAGUGGACAUUGACCUCAUUUGCGGCAAUGCGUUAGAGUACAAUCCAGACAAGGACCCGGGAGAUAAAAUCAUCCGUCACAGGGCCUGCAGUCUGAAGGAUACUGCGCACGCCAUGAUCGCCUCUGAACUGGACCCCGAGUUUGACCGCAUGUGCGAGGAGAUCAAGGAGUCCUGCAGGAAGAGAGCCUCUCAGACCACACCGCAGCCACCCGUCACUCCGAGCGCUGUGGCGACCAGGAAACCUGUGGGAGAGGAGGUGGGAUUAAGCAGUUCUCAGGGGGAUGGAGUGGACAAGCACUGCAGCAAUAACAUAAAGCGCAAGUUGCGGCGGCGACCGAUUUGGGGGCGGGGCAUCAUCAGGAAGAAAAAGAGCUAUAAAAAGGAGGAAGCGGAAGAAGAUGAUGAACCGGAAGAGGAGGAGGGAGAAGACGACUCUGCUGCAAUGGUGCAAGGUGACGCUUGUCUCACCCAGGACGAGUCGUCCUGUGAUGCCAUGGAGCUCCAUCCUGACAAACAACCACUCCAGGCCAACGGACACAUCCUCUCCACGGAGGAGGAGAAUUCCUCUGAGCCGACGGCCACUCAGGACCCUCAGGGCGAGAAGGAGCCCAUCAAGGCCCUCUCAGAGGAGGCUUCCAGCAGUAAGGAGGCCACAUCAGUCCCUGCUCCUCAAGAGUGUGUGAAUGGAAAUGAAUCUAUGGACAGCGUGUACAGUGAGGCUCUUGAUAAAGAAACCGAGGUAGACUCUAUUAAUAAAGAUGCACUUGAAGCAGAGCAUAAGGAGCCUUCUGCCCCAGAAUGCAAUGCAGAGGAGAAUGUGACAGCAGUGGAGGGGACGGCAUCUGAUGGCGACCAUGAAACAGAAGGUUCAUCAAACGGGAAGAAAAAGUCAGACGAGUCGGCCGUCGGACUCGAGGAGACUGUGGAACUUCCGCCACCUCCGGCUCUCGUGGUUGACCACCAGCAACUCAAAGCUCUGUUGGAGAAGGUGGUUGUGAAAAGUGACGGCUUCAGUGUGGAUCAUCUGGAGCGAGUUUACUCAGUGCUCAGCCAGUGUAUUUACCAGCACCGCAGAGACUACGACAAGACCCGUCUGAUAGCGGCGAUGGAAAGGCAAGUUGAACAUUUCGAAACAUUCCUGUGAUGAAUAGAGGGCUUUCAGAGAGAAACUUGAUCGGCGACUCUUUUGAUACAAGAGGGAGAGACCGGCGUUCUGAGCCAAGUCCUUAAUGUGGAGCAGGUCUGGACGCCUCGGUCUCAAAUAACAGCAGGAAGGGGGGAAAAAAAAGGUGCAGACAUUAGAAACAAAGGCUUACAAAGGCGACCUUGGUGCUAUCAUCUCAGGUACCUGAAACAGAACCAGUCUACAGAACCAAACACAAAAACUCCUGGAGGUUUCCUUUUUAUUAGUUUCGUUUUUGUAAACUCACAUACUUGCCAAUUGCCGACGAUCGUUCUUGGUGCUAUUGGGUGCUAUUGUUUUUUUCUUUUUUUGUCAUCUGCUGCUCCUUGUUCUCAUAGAUAAGCAAACAAAACCCAAACAAACAGUACAAAAUAAAAGAUUGUGUGAUGUCACAAAGCAACCUCAGCCUCCGUCUACUGGAAGCAAACACACACACAUACACACAGAUUCUCACCAGCAGUGGCAAACGGUGUGAUGCCCUACAGUGCGAGUCAGCUGGUCAUUUACUGUGGAAAUAAACUACAUCGCCCUCUUUCUACAUCCACCCUGAUGUCACCCCUUGUCACCAUUGGGAUUAUCAACACUUUUUAGCCACAUAGAGAUACUCUUGCUGGAAAAAUAAAAAACACGUUUUUGUAGGGACGUCUAGAGUUGUUUUCUACUUGGUGUUAAUUGUAAGACUUGCAAGGCCUCUGUGUUGUAAACCAACUUUUCCUUGUGACAAAUGAGACUGCGUUCUCCUUAUUUAGACUAUAAUGUUUGCAGAAAACCAACGAAAAACAGACAGACUUUAGGAGAGGAAUGGUAUUAUUUUAGACCCAUCGCAUAUUUCCCCCCUUGGAAUAGUUCAUGGGCUUUUUUUACUUUAAUUUUUGUGCUUUUUUUCUGGUUUAACUGGAUUUACGAGUAGAUAUCUGGAGAUUGCACUGCCUAGCAUGUGCCUUGACCUUUGAAAUAGGCUAAAAACAUAACUGAAUAUUGACUAUCAAUAUUUAUGGACGAGCCACAGGGCUACAAACCGAUAAAAAUAUGUGGUGUAUGUUGUUGUUAACUGUUU